CUCCCACUCCCCCCCAAAAAAAUCCAAACCGAGAAAUAAUAAUCACAAUAAAACUAAAAAGAAAUCCGGGCCUAACGGGCCGCGCGGCCCAACCCCCAACCCCAACGUAAUAACGUAUCAUUCCGCGUCUCGAACUUUCCACCUCUCCCAAAUAAUUUUCUUCUUUCCCCUUUUUUUCUCCUCUCCCCUUCGACUCAGUCUCGCACCGAAGAAGAAGAAGAGAGGAAGAAGACGCGACGAUUGACGAGUAAUCGAGCUCGAUUUGAGCACCCCCGCGCGCGGAUCCGCCGAUCUAGUUCAGUGGAGAUGAGUCGCGCACACGGUAGUCCCAGAUCGUUCUUCCCUGUGGGGAAUCCCUUUCGAGUUAUGUUUCCAGGGGGAGCUCACCUAUCUCGGAAGCUCCAAGAGUUGCUCGCUUCGUACGAGGAUGCCCUGGCAUUGAGCUUGAGGAAGCUCAAGCCGGAGGCCGCCUCGGAUGUCCUCACCUUGUCAUGGAUGAGGCUUGCAGUGGAUUGCUUGUCAGAGCUGCACACCAACAUAGCUAACCUGAUAACCGAUCUCGAGCUGCCUGUCUCGGACUGGGAUGACAAAUGGGUGGACAUUUAUCUCAACAGCAGCGUGAAGCUGCUGGAUAUUUGCAUCGCGCUGAGCUCGGAGCUCUCUCGUCUGGAUCAAGGGCAAUUGCUGUUGCAGUAUGCCCUGCAUGUGUUGGGCUCGGAGAGUGGCGUGCCGUCGCAGGAGCAACUCAAGAGAGCUGAGCCAUCACUUAGGGAGUGGAUGGAGCUGGUGGGCGUAAGAUGUGCAAGGCUUGUUAGCUGCUCGGCGACCUUGCAGGAGCUUGCUGGGAACCUUUCUCUGAUGAAGGUCAAGAACUCCGCGAAAGGGAAAGUGCUCAUGAGAGCGUUAUAUGGAAUCGAGUCUGUGACGGUGUUCGUAUGCAGUAUUUUUGUAGCUGUACUGUCUGGCAGCCCCAAGCCACUGGUGGAGUUGCAUGUCCCUGAAAAAUUUGGUUGGUCUCAGGCCUUCAAUGACCUUCAUACUGCAGUCAGUGAGGAACUCACAAGACAAUUAUCCGGUGGAAGUGUUGCAGCUGUAAAAGAGCUGGAAGAAGUUGAAGCAUGUGCUAGAAGGCUGCAUGUUUUGGCUAGCACUUCUCAGCUUGAAGAAGAAGCUGCCAACCUGGCAAAUGCUGUUAGCCAUACAGAGGAAGAGGUCAUGUCAGACAGCAUUGCGCAGGAAGGAGACCAUCACUGUGGUCUUAAACUUGCUGAUGACACUACCAGGGAGGGUGGAAUAGUAAUUUCAGAGAGUAUUGCAGAAGGGGGAACACAAGAAGCUGAAAUGAAGAAGGAUAUCAGCUAUGAAAAGGAAGUGGCAAUGGUUGAGAGAAUCAGUUACAAAGAGCACCAAGAUAGUAACGUAAAGCAGGCGAAUGGCAGCAGCGAUGAGAGCGCCCUGGUUGUUCCUGAGAGAACCAGUGUCCAGGAAAGCAAGGAGGAACUAUUAAACUGCAUAUCCAGCAUGUCGAAAAGCGCGGAGGGGCUCCGGCAUGGGUUGGACUCCCUAUCGAAGCGCGUAGGCGACUUCUUUCAGAUCGUGCUUACGGGACGUGAUGCAUUGCUCUGCAACCUCAGGAUCUCAGAUGCAGCAAGCAAGGUCGCCGAGGUCAGCUCUUGAUAUUUUAUGUAAGGUUUCUUGCCGUAUAAUGUUUGUGUGGCUAAGUGUGCGCCCAGCUUGGUAGCACAGCUUUGAACAUUGUGCUUCUGACCUGUGGCCCCUGCUCAGCCCCACAGAAACUAAGCUGGGGCCACAUCUCAGAAGCAUUGUGCAUAGUCCUGUGCUGCUAGUUGUGCUUGUGCCGUGCAAAUCUUCUAAGUCCAUCGGCAUCAGGCUCUGUGACUGUAAACUCAGCCUUGUCAAGUCCUAUACAGUCAUUUUGUUUACUUUUUGGUAAGAGUUAGUGCUCUACUCGUUGUAGCGCAGGUCAUAUGCGAGUGUAUAGAGGCGUGAGUGUAGUAACUGUAUGUAAGCUGGAGUGUGUUAGCAAUAUACGAGUAGAUUAAUGUGUUCUGCAAAGAGCAGAUCAUUGUGUGCUAUUGCUGAACUAGCAAAUGAUAUGGCCAACUUGUAUUCA